GUAUUUAGAGGCAUUUUAGAAGUGGUCGCACUGGAACAGAAAUUAAAACGGCAGUAGCACGCUUAUUUGGAGCAAAUUUGUUUUAAAGUUGUUUUUAGGGUUUAUCGAGGAAAUUAAAUAUGCCAGCGGUGGUGCGAAUUAAGCGGCGCAUCGACGAGGAACCGCACACGGCCUUUGUGCUGAAUGGAAAGCGGCGACGUCUUCAAAACGACGAAAAUGCCCCGGACGACUUGGGAGAGGCGACAGGGGCGUCAGCAUCGGUUUCAGACAAAGACGAGCUGACCACAGUCCUCAAGUUUGCCGGCACGCUCGAAAAACAGGACGAUUGUGCUACCCGGCAAUUUGCAGCGGCCAGACUGAACAAAGCCACCGCCAAAGAGUUGGUCCAACAGCAACGCUCCAAUGACGCUGCCAUUGCCAGUGCCCUUCGACGAGAUCGCCAACGCCAGGAGGCGCAGCAAAAUGCGCGCGAACAGCGCUUUCGGGUGGUAAACUGCCUCCGCACCACACUCGAGGACCAGCCCACGGAAGAGGGGGCUGCCCUAAACCAGAAUCAAGAAUCACAGGCCGGCAAAGGUCACAUUACCAUUGUGGACAUUGAAUCCCAACAGCAACAACCACAGCAGUCCACUGGUAGUGGAGAUCAUGGCACUGCGGAUGUGCAGCGGGAUACAGAGUCUAACGUAGAUCAGCAGCAGCCGGCUGACUCCGAUGUGGGCUAUGUUUACGAUCUGUAUGUGCCAGAGAACGAGAUGCAGGCCGCCUAUGUGGACAUGAUGGACGACAACUAUCUAAGGUUGUAUUAUCCGUUUAAUUACUACAACACCUGCUACUGGUAAACAAUGACAGCGACAAUAGGGGCGACAGAGGCGCAGAGCCCGGUGAAAAAAAUUAUGUGUGACGCUGCCCACCAGCACCUCAACCCGACAAUAAUAAAUGGACUGCAACCAGCAACUCACAUUAAACUUAUUUAACUAAUAUUCGCAUCUGACAAAUGCUUCAAAUUCUGCGAAUCGAUUCGUUUAAAUAUGUACGCUUUGUUAAUAAUUAAAUGUCAGAGAAACGGUGCCGAACCACUUUCCUAUUAGUAUGUAAAGAGUUUAAAAUAGAAGAGAAUUCUUGGUAAAUUCCCAAAAGUGUAAAUGAAUAUUUUUAAUAUGUUUACGUAUAGAAAAAUUUAACAUUUAGGUCUUACGUUUUAAUGUGCCAAAUAUGAACAAAAAUAACCCCUUCUAAGUGUAAGCCUUUUGAAAUAAAAGUUUUGUGUAAAAUUUUACAAUUUAUUGUAGACCAGACUAUUGCCUGGCAUAAUUAUUCCGUUCUUUCGACAGAAUUUCAUGCAAAUGUCAAAUUACCAUAAGCCUAGAUUAAUUAGCCAUUAGAAUUGUAUGUUUUAGACUCACACGCACACUCAACGCCCAAUAUUUCACGAAACUGUUCCUUUGUGUUGUUUGCAAUUCGGUUGCCACUUGUCUUGAAUUGUCUUCAUUCCAAAAAACACAAACGGAUAGUGCUCUAAGGUCGAUAUACACGCAUAGUUCUAGAAUAGUUUUCCAUUUUGUUGGGGUCUAGCGUUGCCCGAAAUCGUAUAUGAAUAAAUAAAGAAACCGAUUCAAAUAUAUUGAGAA